CGGUGUUCUCAGAGUGCGGCGGCGAACGGACUGAAGGAGCUGGGGGACGAGAGGCGGGGUAGGCGGAAGAGGGAGGAAAUCCCAUCGCGGAGACGCCGGCCUGGACGUUCCCGCCUCCUCCGGUACUGUCAGGUCGGAUCGGAGAAGGGUCACCGCCUCCUCCAGCGAGCAGGGGGGCGGAGCCCGGCUCAGGCUUCGUGUUAGAGGAGCUUUGGGGGAUGCAGUGGUUAAGGACGGCCGUUCCCCCUCCUCCCGUUGUUUGGAGGACAGAUUUGUACGGGAAUGCUAACAUUCAAUCAAGGGGGCUUGAAGGAUCAUGGAUUUCCCUGGACACUUUGAACAGAUCUUCCAGCAGCUGAACUACCAGAGACUUCACGGGCAGCUCUGUGAUUGUGUCAUCGUAGUGGGGAACAGACAUUUUAAAGCCCACCGCUCUGUACUGGCAGCAUGCAGCACGCAUUUCCGAGCCCUGUUCUCAGUGGCAGAGGGAGAUCAGACCAUGAACAUGAUCCAGUUGGAUAGCGAGGUGGUGACAGCGGAGGCCUUUGCUGCACUGAUUGACAUGAUGUACACCUCCACCCUCAUGCUGGGGGAGAGCAAUGUUAUGGAUGUCUUAUUGGCAGCCUCUCACCUGCAUUUGAACUCUGUUGUUAAAGCUUGUAAACAUUACUUAACGACAAGGACGCUGCCCAUGUCACCCCCCAGUGAGCGCGUCCAGGAGCAGAGUGCCCGCAUGCAGCGCUCCUUUAUGCUGCAGCAGCUGGGGCUGAGCAUCGUGAGCUCAGCCCUCAAUGCCAGCCAGAGUGGUGAGGAGCAGCCGGCCCCCAUGAGUUCUUCGAUGCGCAGUACCCUGGACCAGCGGACACCCUUCCCCAUGAGACGCCUUCAUAAGCGCAAACAGUCUGCGGAGGAGCGGGCCAGACAGCGCCUCCGACCCACCAUGGACGAGUCUGCCAUUGCUGAUGUCACGCCAGAGAACGGGCCGUCGGGAGUUCAUUCUCGGGAGGAGUUCUUUUCACCCGAUUCCCUGAAAAUUGUGGAUAACCCUAAGGGCGACGGAAUGACCGACAACCAGGAAGACGGUGCCAUCAUGUUUGACCAGUCUUUUGGUGCUCAAGAAGAUGCCCAGGUGCCCAGCCAGUCCGACAAUACUGCGGGCAACAUGGCCCAGUUGUCCAUGGCCUCCCGUGCAACUCAGGUUGAGACUAGUUUUGAGCAGGAAGCUGCAACUGAGAAAAGUGGUUUUCAGUGUGAAAAUCCCGAGGUUGGCCUUGGUGAGAAGGAACACAUGAGAGUGGUGGUUAAAUCUGAGCCUCUGAGCUCUCCUGAGCCUCAGGAUGAAGUGAGUGAUGUGACCUCGCAAGCAGAAGGCAGCGAAUCUGUGGAAGUGGAAGGGGUUGUGGUCAGUGCUGAGAAGAUAGACCUCAGCCCUGAAAGCAGUGAUCGGAGUUUUUCAGAUCCCCAGUCUAGCACUGACAGGGUCGGUGACAUCCAUAUUUUGGAAGUCACAAACAACCUAGAACAUAAAUCCACUUUUAGUAUUUCAAAUUUUCUUAACAAGAGCAGAGGAAGUAACUUCAGUGCAAAUCAGAACAAUGAUGAUAAUAUCCCAAACACUACUAGUGACUGUAGGCUGGAGGGCGAGGCCCCAUAUUUGUUGAGUCCAGAGGCUGGGCCUGCGGGCGGGCCCUCCUCGGCCCCCGGCUCUCACGUGGAGAACCCGUUCAGUGAGCCAGCAGACUCCCAUUUUGUCAGGCCUAUGCAGGAAGUGAUGGGCCUGCCAUGUGUGCAGACGUCAGGCUACCAAGGAGGAGAGCAGUUUGGGAUGGACUUCUCCAGGUCUGGUUUGGGCCUCCACUCCUCCUUUUCCAGGGUAAUGAUGGGCUCCCCAAGAGGAGGAGCCAGUAACUUCCCAUACUACCGACGCAUAGCUCCCAAAAUGCCGGUUGUAACUUCUGUCAGGAGCUCUCAGAUCCCAGAAAACUCCGCCAGUUCCCAGCUAAUGAUGAAUGCGGCCACAUCCUCAUUCGAAAAUGGCCAUCCUUCGCAGCCUGGCCCUCCGCAGUUGACCAGGGCAUCUGCUGACGUCCUGUCCAAGUGCAAGAAGGCCUUGUCGGAGCACAACGUCUUGGUGGUAGAGGGGGCUCGCAAGUACGCCUGCAAAAUCUGCUGCAAGACUUUUCUGACCUUGACAGAUUGCAAGAAGCACAUCCGUGUUCACACAGGUGAAAAACCCUACGCCUGCCUCAAGUGUGGCAAGAGGUUCAGUCAGUCCAGCCACCUGUAUAAACAUUCAAAGACUACCUGCCUGCGCUGGCAGAGCAGCAAUCUUCCCAGCACUUUGCUCUAACCCCGACCUCUCGAGAUUGCGCCGAAGCCAGUUGUUGGACCGACGUGAACAUCUCUUCUGGUUGGAGGUUAAUGCCAUUGGGCUUGAGGCUUCGGGCCCCCCCAGUGGCGCGUGCAAAUUCCAGUGACUAGUAAGUGGAGAAUUAAUAGGUGUAGCACUUGUGCUGCUGCUGCGUUUCUGAGUGAAACACACACUUUUAGAGAGGGAUGCAGUCCCCGAAACCCAGUUCUUCCUUAGGGUUGAGUAAUACAGUCAGAAAGUACUUUGUAAUUGAUGGUGUUAAAAGUGGCACAUUUAAAAAUUAAAAAUUGAAGUGCAAAAAAAUUUUUUUAGCAAUUUUUGUAAAACUCUGUGAAGCAUUUAAUUUUCCUAUAUCCUCUGAAGGGAAUAUUAUAUACUUGUACAGUGAUGCAAAACGCACUUAUGUGUAACCAGUGGCGAUCUUGUGCCUGUCUGCAAGGAAGGCCCUUGAGGACAUGCCUGCCCGCCACAAAUGCUUUAAAGUGUAUCAUGAGCUAGUCCUAGGCCUCAGAAAGUACUGUAUUUUUCAUUUUUGUCUCAACUGCAGUCACAGACACUGCACUUUGAUGGUGCUGACACUGGGUCCAGAGCAAGCAUUCUCCGGACUGUUAGGUGUACAUACUUUUGAAAACAUCACUGCUGGAUAGAUGUUUUAACAGUUUUUCCUGGUUUUAAAAACAAAGUUGUAAAUGGAGUAUGUACUGUAGGGAGUGGCAAGUAAGGUAUUGUUUCUGUUUGUGCUGUUUUAGCAGUAUUUUAACCAACUUGUAUUACAUAUGUUACAGUUCCAUGUUUGGAAGUCAGAAAAGAGCUAGUGUGUGUCUUUGUUCUAAUGAUGUGGAGUCCUGUUUUGUGGGAUCUUUCAUGGUGCAUCCAUCCAGGCUUUGGGGGCCAGUCCUGCCUGACGCAUUUCACCCGGUCACAAGCCUGUUCUCUGCUUUGCUUCUCCGCACUCUCCUGCCCCGCCUGGCAUCUUUUCCAGGACUGCAUUUCUGUUUUUGUUGCAAACUAACCAAAAAUAAUGUUAACCCCUCUCCACCAUGGGUUUAUCCCUUUUAUAUACUAUAGUUUUAAAUUCUAGACCAUGAACUUUUACCGUUGUGGCUCCAACCCAAGACUGAAUGUUUUAAAUUGUUUAAAAUCCAAACGUAGUAGCGGUGUUCCCAGAUAAAUAUUUUCCAGACUUUAUAAGGAAACUUCCGUGACUCCUCUCCUUUUCCACAGAUGUGGGAAAGAGACCGUUGGAGGAUGUGGGGUCACGUGUGAAAUUCAGUUGUGUGUGCGGCUGUUGUUAGCAGUCACAUUCUGCCGGGCUGUGAGGGGGCUCUCCUGUGCCCCUCUCCUUGAUGCGGGGACCAGUGUCUUGUGAGGAGAUUAACCUUGGGAGGCAGGUGGGUCAAGGUGGAGCAUAGGACAGGCCCUGCCUGGGCCCGGGGACGGGGAGCAGCGGCAACGGGAAGGGCAGUGGUAGCUCUCCUUCCCUUCCAUCUUGAGGAGGAGGUGCCCGGAGGCUGGGCCCUCACCUCAGCUCGGGCAUUAAGUGGACUUUGCGUUAGGGCCUCUGAUAUAGGGGCUGGACCCUGCCUCUCCACUGCUAGAUAGAAUCUGGACUCUCUCAUCUACCUCUUAGGCAAUCGGUUUCUAUAUGCGAGAAGCAAGCUUUUGGGCCAGUGUCCUCAUACAUACUAUAGAACUUAAAAAUAACUCAGAGGUUCCCUGUACAACCAGUCUCAGGGGUCCUAGGAGCCGUAGUUUCUACCUGAAUUACAACUGGUUUGGGGUACCUGAAUUUUGAUUGGUUAGCCUUAAUAAUAGCCUGGCAUAAUCAUUUCUGGUGAUCAAAUCGCAAAGUUCUAUCAGGGCACCUAUGUCAGUGGUGCUAUGCUGGUCAAAAUUUGAGAUUUUGAAAUAAAAAAUUUGACACAUACAUGCCUCUGAUUAAGUAGUGUUCUUUUUCUUUGCUUAGGUUUUAAGGUUGAAAGAAAAAACGGAAGUAGUAUGGCUUUCUCUCCUAACCUUGCUUUGACCAGUACUUUAAAAAACAAAACAAAACCCAAGCCUCCUACAAAAUAACCCUUAAUGCUGCCAGCCACGAUGACUGUCAUUCCCUCAGUUCGGUCCCUCUGCUCUCCCUGCACUCUGUCUGAGCCACAUGACAGGUUUUGUUCUCCACACACCCAGUUCUCCUCUUAGCCAGCCUGCCUCAUCCGCGCUUUCUGCUGCUCCCUUAGCUGCCUGCUGGGCUGAACGGUCCAUCUGUCAGCUUGGCUGCGGGGAAGAGCCGAAACCGAUGCUCUGGGCGGGAGUAGGGCCUUGGCCUUGAGAGGGAGGAGUAAGCGAGGUGGUCACCAGAAAAAGGGCAUCUGCCUGGGGUGUAGGGGUCGGGGUGGGGGGGGUGGG